AUGGCUAGUUCCAAAGAAUGGUGGAACGAGUAUACCCUUUCGACAGCAACAAACUCAUGGUUUCGAGAAGCACAAUGGCGUGACCACUCUCUUCCAGGUGUUGGUAUUGACGACAAUGAGAUUACGGGACUUCCUGAUGGCCACACAGGGUCUAUGGCUAACUAUUCGCUUGCGAAUCGCGGGUCGUUCUCCACUGGCACCUACUUGCCCAUGGGAAUGUUGAAGAGAAAUGACAGCAGAGAUACUUGGCUAUGGCAAGUGGAAAACAACUCUUCGUGGAGAUGGGAGGUUGGCGACUACAAGGAUAAUGUCUACAUCGCGGGAGGCGGUCCCACAUCAAUCGACCAUGAUUGGAGACAAAAACUCAAACCGCAUCAAACGUUCACGAGCGUGCCUAUGGCCAUCUGUCAUGUUCUGGACACUCCAACAAAUGCAUUUGGUGUCCUAACCAAUUACCGUCGUCGAUUGAGAAGAAAACAUAUCGAUAACGAAAAACUUCCAAUUAUAUUCAACGAUUACAUGAACUGCUUGAUGGGGGAUCCCACCGAAGAUAAAAUAAAAGCCCUUCUAGGGCCAGUUGCAAGCUGUGGGGCCGAAUACUUUGUGAUUGAUGCCGGUUGGUACGCUGAUGAUGGCGGAUGGUGGGACGAGGUUGGACUAUGGGAACCUUCUAGGUUACGAUUUCCUGGAGGUUUUAAGCCACUACUCGACACCAUUCGAUCUCAUGGGCUCAUCCCCGGGGUAUGGCUGGAGCCAGAAGUCAUUGGCGUACGGAGCGUAGUGGCCAACCAGUUACCACAGGAUGCAUUCUUCCGAGAGCAAGGAGAGAGAAUAAUCGAAAAAGGCCGCUAUCAACUGGACUAUAGGCACUCUGCAGUCCGAAAGAGGAUGGACGAAGUGAUUGAUAAUCUCGUACUCAACUACGGCGUUGGAUACUUCAAAUUCGACUACAAUAUUGAAGUCGUCCAAGGGACGGACGUAAAUUCCUCUAGCACAGGGGAAGGACAAUUAAUGCACAGCCGUGCCUAUCUGGAAUGGGUCAACAAGAUCUACGAUCGCUAUCCCGACCUGGUCAUCGAGAGCUGUUCUAGUGGUGCUCAGAGAAUGGACUAUGCAAUGCUCGCUGUUCAUUCUAUACAGUCCACGAGCGACCAGCAAGACCCUGUCCUAUACGCCGCCAUCGCAGCAUCAGCACCCACAGCUGUCACUCCUGAGCAGAGCGCAACUUGGGCAUAUCCGCAGCCGAGCUGGAACCCAGAAAUAAAUGCUCUCACUGUGGUUAAUUCGCUUCUUGGGCGGGUGCAUCUCAGUGGGAAGCUAGAUGAGUUAAAUCCAGAGGCCCUGGAGCUUAUUGCGCAGGGUAUGAGUGUUUAUAAAAACAUUAGGUCAGAUCUCAGGAAUGCGCUACCAUUCUGGCCAUUAGGAUUGCCGAAAUGGCAUGAUGACUGGUUGGCUUUGGGCAUGACAACUACAUCUGGCAACGUUUACUUGAGUGUCUGGCGCCGGAGCGGAACAUCCUCAGCUACUUUGCCUAUUGCAGAAUUGAAGGAGAAGCAUGGCGUAAAGGUAGAGCAGCUUUAUCCUCGUGGCUUUGGAGCAGAUGUAAAAUGGGUUCCAGAGACCUCGUCCUUGGUCGUAGAGUUUCCCUCUGUUGUGUCCGCUCGCCUCUUCCUCCUACGAGCAAAUGAGGCUUGAGGUUAACAUUAUAUCGGG